GCGGCAGCUGCCAUGCAGCCAGCAGGCCUGCUGAGCUAUGUUGAGGCCCUGGUCGCCUCCUCAGGCGCCUACGGGCCGCUGCUCUUCGCAGCCUUCUACGCCGCCGGCACCGCGCUGUUUCUGCCGGCCGCACCUCUCAGCAUCGCUGCCGGCUAUUUAUUCGGUCCCCUGCUGGGGGUCCCAGUGGUUUCUCUAGCUUCCACCGCCGGCUGCGCGCUCGCAUUUGCUCUCAGCAGAUCCGUGGCCCGGCCGCUUCUGGAGCCUCACCUGAGGUCGUAUUCAAAUUUCAAGCGCAUCGACCGCGCAGUGGCGGAGAGAGCCCCGGCCAAGACGGUGUUCCUGCUGCGGUUGUCGCCGCUGAUCCCGCUGACCCUGCUGAGCUAUGUUCUGGGGGUCACGAGUGUGGGGUUCUGGCCCUAUGUGGCAGCUUCCUGGGCUGGGCUGCUGCCAAUUUCUGUUGUGUAUGUGGUGCUCGGGGGUGCCAGCAAAGGGGCCCUGACAGCUUCAGGGAGCAUCCCUCAAUCAUUCAAGCUGGUGCUGACCGCUGUGGGGCUGCUGGCCACCCUGGCAGCCACCCGCCUCAUUUCUGGCAUCGCCGCUGACGCCAUCAAGGAA